CUGUCCAUCCAAGGAACGAACGAAUCGACAGCCAAGCAGGCAGAACGUCGUUCGCCAGCUGUCUGUCUAGUGUGUGUCAUGUUUGCUUGGGGAAAUUGCCCGCAUUGGCCUGGAUGAUGCCGACAAUCACGCCAAACAAACCUGCACACAAAACACAUUAAACACACGAGACAGACAGCCACGUUGGCGCCUGUUGGUUGGCUACAAUGACUUCAUUGUCUGUCUGCAGGCAGGCCGGCUGACCGAGUGCGCUCCCAAAGAUUUCGACAAUGAGCAUCUUGACGAACAGCGUGGGGUUCUGCGCGUCGCCAAGAGCACACCCACUGCCGCUCACACCCACUGCUAUCCUGCACACGCACACACACACAUACACACCCCAAUCGGACCAUUCAGCCGUCUGCCUGCCCACCCAUCCUCCCAUCCACCCACUGCCCACCCACCCGCACGAAAGGUUCGAUCCGCCGACAGUGAUGCCGACCCAAAAGAGGCAGUAUCCCGCAGCGAUGGCCUCCGGCGGGUAUAUGCCAGGUGCGGAUUCCGAGAGCCCUUGCAUCUUGUUGACCAUGAUGAUGGCAAUGAUCACCCCAUAGAUGGCCACGGCCUCGCAAAAGAUGACGCUAAUGAGGUUCUUGGACCGGAUGCGGGGCGCCUUGAUGGACGCACCCACCAGAGACGAACCCGUCAGAAAUAUGCCCCUGACAUGACAGUGCAGUCAGUCAAGCAAGACACACACCAGACAGACAGACAGACAGACAGGGGAGCAGUGAGAAUGUGUGUGCAGACGGGCAGUGUGCCACUAUGUAUGCGUCUGUGCGGUGGGUGCGUGUGUGGCUACCACCCACCGCACCGCACAUACCAUGCAGCUCCGAGGACCGAGAGGCCGAGGGAGAGGGCGAUGCCGAUUGCCGCCCACGAGUAGGGGUUGAUGUGGUAGAAGACCUCGCCCCACGAGUGAAACGCCUGCGCUGACAUCCUCCUCGCCGUCUAAAGCGCAAUCUGCUCCCUCUGUGGGCUGGCUGAUCAAUUGGCUGAGGGAGGGAGCAAGGCGAUUGCACAAGCUGAUUCGUAUUCUCGUCCGUCCAACGCUGCACCCGUGGCCUUCUGCGACUCUUCCC